GUUUUCAGUCUUAGAUAUCACAAAGAUAGAUUUCCAUUGGGUAGCAGUUUGACAACAACAAAUAAUAAUAAAAUAUUAAAAGAAGAAACAACAAUGAGUUCAAGUCCAGAUAAUCGUUCAUUAACUGUUGUAGUAUUGGGUGCAUCAGGUGAUCUUGCUAAAAAGAAAACUUAUCCAGCACUCUUUAGUUUAUUCCUUAGAGACUUAUUACCAUCAACUACAAUUAUUUAUGGUUAUGCUAGAUCACAUAUUGAAAUUAGUGAUUUCAAGAAGAGAAUUGCCCAAGGAUUAAAAGGCAAUGAAGAAAAAAAACAAGAAUUUUUAAAUUUAUUACAUUAUCAUUCUGGUCAAUAUGAUGAAAAGAAAGCUUAUGAUGAAUUUGAAAAAUUAAUUGAUGCCGAAGAACAAAAGAAGGCAAGUAGUGUAGCACACAAUCGUUUAUUUUAUAUGGCCAUUCCACCAUCAAUUUUUAUUGAAGUUAGUAUUGGUAUUCAAGGCUCUUUAUUGUCAAAGAGUGGUUGGUCAAGAGUUAUUGUUGAAAAGCCAUUUGGUCGUGAUUUAACUACAAGUAGACAAUUAGCCAAUGAUUUAGGUAAAUUAUUUAAAGAAAAGGAUUUAUUCCGUAUUGAUCAUUAUCUUGGUAAAGAAAUGGUACAAAAUUUAAUGGUUCUUCGUUUCGCCAAUGCUGUAUUCGAGCCAUUAUGGUCCAAAUCACACAUCUCAUCCAUUACAAUCACCUUCAAAGAAGAUAUUGGUACCGAAGGUAGAGGUGGUUACUUUGACCAAUUUGGUAUUAUCAGAGAUGUUAUGCAAAAUCAUUUACUUCAAGUACUCUCAUUAGUAGCAAUGGAGCCACCAGUUUCAUUAAAUGCCGACGAUAUUACCAAUGAAAAAGUUAAAUUACUCAGAUGCAUUCAACCAAUUAAAUUAGACGAAGUUGUUUUAGGUCAGUAUGUAUCUGAUGAUUCAGGUAAACACCCAUCAUACACUGACGACGAUGGUGUUCCAAAAGACUCUGUAACUCCAACCUAUGCUGCUGCUGUUUUCCACAUCAACAACCCACGUUGGAGAGGUAUGCCAUUCAUCUUAAAAUGUGGUAAAGCUUUAGACGAAAGAAAAACUGAAGUUAGAAUUCAAUUUAAACGUCCAGAUAAUUUCCUCUUUAGAGAUGAAGAAAUUUCAAGAAAUGAGUUAGUAAUGAGAAUUCAACCAGGUGAAGCUGUUUACUUAAAAUUAUUAACUAAAAAACCAGGUUUAGAAAAUAGCAUCGAACAAACAGAGUUAGAUUUAUCAUAUCGUCAUAGAUUCGAAAAUCUUGAUUUACCAGAUGCUUAUGAACGUUUAAUUCUCGAUGCUAUUAAGGGAGAUCAUAAUCUUUUCGUUAGAGAUGAUGAAUUAGAUGUUGCUUGGCAAAUUUUCACUCCACUCCUCGAACAAAUCGAAAAUCUUAAAGUUCAACCAGAACCAUAUAAAUUUGGCUCACGUGGUCCAAAAUCAGCUGAUGAAUUAUCAAAGAAAUUUGGUUUCGUAAGAUCACUUGGUUAUAACUGGCCAGGUAAUAGUCCAAAACCAAAACAUUAAAAAAUAAUUAAAAAUAAUUAAAAAUAAAUAAAUAAUAUUUAAUAAUAUUUAAUAAUAUAUUAUUAUAUUAAAAAAGUUG